AUGGGAGUCAGUGCACUCGCUGAAGCAUUCAAAGUGAACAAAAGUGUCAGGGAACUAAAUUCUGGAUACAACCAAAUAGCUGCUCAAGGAGCCAAAGCACUGGCUCAAGGAUUGAAAGUGAACAAAACUCUCACGCAACUUCAUCUUUCUUCUAACCCAAUAUCUGUUCGAGAAGCCGAAGAACUCGCCGAAGCAUUGAAAGUGAACAAAACGCUCGCGCAACUUGAUCGUGGAUACAAAUCGAAGCACUGGCUGGAGGAUUGGAAGGGACUUAAUCUUGAGUAUAAUCAAAUGUUUGCUGGAGCAGCGGAACCACUACCUGAAGCAUUGAAAGUGAAUAAUAAUAGUAAUGAGCGCCUUUUUUAA